CCCGCCCUCUUCCGGCGAGGCUUGAAAGAUGGCGUCCCGCAAGGAAGGCUCCGUCUCCGCCGCCGCGUCUGCUGCGUCCUCCACCACCAGCGCGGUAGGCAAAGGCAAAGGCAAAGGCGGCCCUGGAGAUUCGGCCGUGAAGCAAGUGCAGAUUGAUGGCUUGGUGGUAUUAAAGAUAAUCAAACAUUAUCAAGAAGAAGGUCAAGGAACAGAGGUGGUUCAAGGUGUGCUUUUGGGCCUGGUUGUGGAAGAUCGACUUGAAAUUACCAAUUGCUUCCCUUUCCCUCAGCACACUGAAGAAGAUGCGGACUUUGAUGAAGUCCAGUAUCAGAUGGAAAUGAUGCGGAGCCUUCGCCAUGUAAACAUCGAUCACCUGCACGUGGGCUGGUACCAAUCCACAUACUAUGGCUCAUUUGUUACCCGGGCACUGUUGGAUUCCCAGUUCAGUUAUCAGCAUGCUAUUGAAGAAUCUGUCGUUCUCAUUUAUGAUCCCAUCAAAACUGCCCAAGGGUCUCUCUCGUUGAAGGCUUACAGACUAACUCCUAAACUGAUGGAAGUUUGCAAAGAGAAGGAUUUUUCUCCUGAAGCAUUGAAAAAGGCAAGCAUCACCUUUGAAUACAUGUUUGAAGAAGUUCCAAUUAUAAUUAAAAAUUCACAUUUGAUCAAUGUCCUAAUGUGGGAGCUGGAGAAGAAGUCGGCUGUAGCAGAUAAACAUGAAUUACUCAGUCUUGCUAGCAGCAAUCAUUUGGGGAAAAAUCUACAGCUGCUGAUGGACAGAGUGGAUGAUAUGAGCCAAGAUAUAGUUAAAUAUAACACAUACAUGAGAAACACGAGUAAGCAGCAGCAGCAGAAACAUCAGUAUCAGCAGCGUCGCCAGCAAGAGAAUAUGCAGCGACAAAGUCGAGGGGAACCUCCACUCCCUGAGGAGGACUUAUCCAAGCUUUUUAAGCCACCUCAGCCCCCACCCAGGAUGGACUCGCUGCUCAUUGCAGGUCAAAUUAAUACUUACUGUCAGAAUAUCAAGGAAUUCACUGCCCAGAAUUUAGGCAAACUCUUCAUGGCCCAGGCUCUUCAAGAAUACAACAGCUAAGAAGAUUGUUUCCAGAAGUAGUUAUGGAUUUUUGAAAUUACAUUUGGGCAACUAUUGGAAGAAAUAACAUUUGUAUAUUAAAAGAUCUUUCUAGCCAAUAAUAAAGUAAAAAUAAACCAUCUUAA